GGUUGAUGCACAAGAGUGUGUGAGACUAAACCACAGGGUGACUCCAUUACUUCAUGGAAGGGGUGUUCACCAAGAUGACCUUCAGAUUUGUCAAGGAGGGGGAAGUCUGUCUCCACUUUCCAAGUAAGGCAGCAAGGAAAUUCCAGACAUUCCAUCGGCAUACUGCACUUACACAGUGCAUACAUGUAGCACAGUGUACCAGACAAGCCCAAGUGCUUUUCUUAUUAUAUGCUUUGCAGGUGUAAUGUUGCAGUAGAUGAAAGUGGGCCUGGCACCUCGUGAACUCAAGAGCUUUGAUUAAUUUCUUAAUUACUCACUUAUCAUCACGUUGUCCUUUUUAGCACACUUGGAUCACCAAUGUACCCUUACGUGGCAGCUGUUCUUCGGUCUGUAAAAUUACAUUUGUAAGAACUUGUCUGGCAAGGCAAUACAGUUUGCUAUCGAUGCGGUUUGUUCCAUGCUGUUGCGUUGUGGAGUUUUUAUUUUAAUUGGAGGUGUGAAGACUUUGAUACAAUUCUACCAGGAUCUAUAGGAAGUUUUGUGAUUCCUUGAAGGAUUUGCAACACAGUGCUUUGGCUGCCAAUGUACAUGUAUGCACAUGGAUUUGUAAACACACGUAACUCCCUGAUAAUGAGUUGAUGAGCAUCUUUCUUGGGGACAGAGUAGCAGUUUUUAAGAUUGUGUUCAGGAGAAAUUAACGGAGAAGGAUUUUUGUAGCACGUCUUUUGAGGAUGUCUCUACUUGUUGACCACACUGCGACAACAGCAUCAGGGGAGCCUGAAGUUUACUACAGUCAGUAUAUGAAACGUCGUCAGCUGAAUCAAGAGAUUGUGCUGAAUCAACUGAAGGAGAUUACCGGGGUUCAAGAUGAGCAGGCGUUGAAGCACGCCUACGAGGCGAGUGGUGGAGACAUCCCUCAAGCCAUCACGUUCCUCACCGAUGGGAGUGCUGAGAACGCUGCUCAGUCGGCCACACUACCCUCGGGUACCCCGGCUACAUCAUCGGUGCCCAAGAAUCAACACACAGCAUUGGUGGAUCCAGCUACUAGAGGGGAGGGUGCACCAGUGUGUGGCCCCAAGAAUAAAGGGCAAGAAGUGAUUGACCUUACCCACGAUCGAGAUGAGAAAGAUGACCUCCAGAGGGCCAUCGCCCUGUCGCUGAGGGAAACGACGGGACAAAGUACGACAAUCGGAGUGUCAACUGAAGAACAAGACAUCAGCAGAGCUCUGGAGCAGAGUAUGGCGGAAAACAAGUCUGGCCUACGACCCGGAGAGGUCUGGUUCAGCGACCCUCUGAAUCCACAUGAUCGAUGCAGGGAAAAUGGCUGGCCUGUAGGUCUGAAGAAUGUGGGAAACACAUGCUGGUUCAGUGCAGUAAUACAGUCUCUGUUCCACCUUCCUGCCUUUCGCCAAAUGGUACUGAACUUCGUUCCACCUGCAAACAUCCACGCUCAACAACCGGCCCAAAAUGCUGCAUCCACGAAUCCAUCCACGAAUCCAUCCACUGCCUCCACAGAGGUUCGGGAACAUCGAAACCUUCUCUUCAUGUCGGAGUUGAGGGCGCUGUUUGCUCUCAUGCUCGGCACAAAGCGGAAAUACGUUGACCCCAGCAAAGCUGUUGAGAUCCUGAAAGGUGCUUUUAUAAACAGCGGAGGUGUGAACAGUCAACAGGAUGUCAGUGAAUUUACGCAUAAACUCCUAGAGUGGUUGGAAGAUGCGUUCAAGUCGGACUGCUCAAGACCACCGUCGCCUCAAGCUGGGGAGGAAGGCGUGGAGGCAUCACGCAGGAAUCCCAUGUUGGAUCUCUUCUAUGGUCAAUUCAAAGCAGAAGGAAUCAAUGAAGGUAAAGUGUUCACAAAUCAGGAGACGUUUGGCCAGUACCCACUUCAAAUUAGUGGGUACGAGGAUCUGCAUGAGAGCAUCGAAGCCUCCAUGUCGCACAGGGAGAUCGAAACUGUCAACCACACCAGUGAAAAAUCUGCUCAAGAGCAUUGGUUUACGAGGCUUCCUCACAUACUAACGUUUGAGCUGUCGAGGUUUCACUUUAAUCAAAUUAUUGGCAGACCAGAGAAGAUUCACAACCGCUUCAUCUUCCCUCGCGUCCUUUACAUGGACAGGUAUAUGGAGUGCAAUCAAGCAGCAAUACGGAUGAAGAGAACCGAUGUACAUGAGCUCAUCCAACAGUUAGACAUGCUGCAGUUUAAGCUAGAAAGAUAUUUAAACUACGGGUCCGGUUCAAAGCGAUUCCCAUUGCAAGAUGUCCUACAGUACGCUCUGGAGUUUGCCCACAGUACUUCACCGGAGAACAGCCCGAGGCAACGGCACGUUCCUCUCUCCUCCAACAACUCCAACAUCCAGGAUGUAGAGAUGACAUCACCGCCUCGAUCACUGACCAGCAGCCCACCCUCAUCAGGCUUCAGCCCAUACCCUAAGCCCUUAGUCUCAACAGUUGUUACUGACGUUGCCAUGGCCUCUCCGUCGUCCGUCCCGACCUCCCCUGGCCCUUCGGCACUACCAGAGACAACCCCUUCCCCAAGGCACAUUACAGACACAGAGCUAGAUAUACUUCAAGCUUGUCUACGCAGAUGGAGAACUGAGGUAGAAGCUGAUGUCAGAGAUCUACAAGAGAGAAUAGCAACCCUUAAAGAUCUGAAAGACACAGUCUACGUAGAUGAGCACCUCAUGAAUAAUGAGUACCAUCUUCAUGCUGUACUGGUCCACGAAGGCCAAGCCUCGGCGGGACACUACUGGGCCUACAUCCUAAACCACCGAAGAAAUGUCUGGCUCAAGUUCAACGACAUCUCUGUGACGGAGGUCGCAUGGGAGGACCUUGAGCGAGAGUCGGUUGGAGGAUCGGGUAACGUCAGUGCGUACUGCCUCAUGUAUGUUGAUGCAAAGAGGCGCGAUCUGUUCGAAGAGCAAGAAGAUGAGGAAACUGGUUGCAGCAGUCUGAGUCUGGACCCCCUCGCCGAUGAACUCAAACAACUUGUAAGCGAGGACAAUCAAUGCUUCGAGAGUGAAAUGAAACAAUGGGACGAGAAUAAAGACAAAAGAGCUACCAGAGCUGCCAAUGCAUCGACGUCUACUAAAGAGGAUGAGGUUGUAUUCCUGGGAGAGAGGACGUCACUAGCUUCAGGAGGAGGAGCAAAGACCAGACCCCUGAUGCAGCCGUCGUCCCCAGUGGUACCUGUCUUUCCUCUUGACCAGGCCCUUACAUCACCCCAGGAGGCUAUGGUGUCCUCACAGUGUACCACCUCCGACCAUGCCACCUCAACUCAUGUCUCGUCACUCGGGGAUAUCAUAUCGGAGAGAGGAGCAGAAGAAGCAUUAGAGAAGGCUUGUACCGCUGAACAGGAGAGGCUUCAGGGGCUGCUAUCCAAUGAGUUGUAUCCAAAGCGAGAUGUACGCUUAGAAAACCCGGUCCUUUACUUCCUAAAGAACAAAGCUCCAAGAUUAAUCGUUCAACGAGCCAUUCUGGAACAGUUUGCAGCUGCCAAAGGAGAGAACAUGGGUGUAAGAUGCCAGUCGUUGCGGACAAUGGCCCAGAGGAAGUUAGAGAGUCAGACGAUGGAGGAUUUAGAGAGAAAGAUUCAUACCUGCUGGCAGGAAGAGUACAACAACUUCUGCAAAGCCAAUGCGUUCUUCAUUCAGGGAAUCAAGCUAUUUUUCCAGCAGGAAGCAUACGUGUAUCAAGAAGCGUUGCCGUAUUUCGUGCACGCUUGUAAAUUGAAUGACAAGUUCAUCGGGGAGAAAGCAGAAAAGGCAAUGGACUUUAACAUGGUCGCUCACUUCAGACGGCAGUGCUUGCUGCAACUGAAUGCCGUGUGUACAAGCCAGUUUGAGUCCCUCGAAGAUCACGAGGCUCUUCAGGGACUAGAGAUUAUGAAUGACCUCGUAGUUCCAUGCUUGAGUCUUCUCACUGGUUCUAACGUGGCUGAAGACACGGCCGUGGCAGAGGAGAUCCGCGGAGGGUGGUGUUGUUAUCUAGGCAGAGAUGUCAGUGGAAAGUUGCAGGACAAGUUCCAAGACAUCUUGUCGAAGCUCUUAGACAUGUCGGCUGAGCCAGCUAGCAUCAGAGUCCCGCCUCUGAUUCACAAACAUAAAAUGGAGAACCUAAGCCAGAAGUUCACUCUUGCCAUGGGAACCAUCCACACCAGCGACCAGCCAGUCCCAAAUACGUGAUACUAAGAGAAAAAAAAAUUAAGUCUACACUCUAGCCCUGUUCAUACUUCCUGCGAAUGCGAAGCAAAUUUUUGGUGUCAUAGAGCUGUUUUCGCAGCACGUGUUUUGCGGGAGUUGAACACAUUUCAACUGUUGCAAAUCAUUCAUGCAAAUCUGUGACGUCAAAACUUGAAUCACAUUCGCUUUCACAGGAAGUAUGAACUGGGCGUAAGGUGAUGAACGUAAAUUUAUACUCUGGGCAUAGAGUUAUAUAUAAGAACUAGAGGGCGCACUGGGCUAUAUACGCGCUCUGGCAUGCGUGUAGGCGGCCAUUUUCUAAGUUGACAAAACUGGCAUCCCACAGCGUGUGUUUGUGCGCCCAUUUUGUAAGUUGGAACAAAACAGCAUCGCGUAGCGUUCAUUAAACACAAACUCCAACGUGUGUUUCAUAUUCAGAAUGGCACGCGUGUGUAUCCUUGUGGUCCCUUGGCGUUUGUGCACGAAGCAUCACUCGUGCGCCCUCUAGUUCUUGUAUAUAUAACUCUAUGACUCUGGGCCAGUGAAGCAAGCUUGAAAGAAAACACUGCAAUGCACCAAUCAGAUGUGCUCUAUUGUAUUAUUACAAUAUGCCAAACAGAUUUUUCAAAUUAGUUUUUAUGUUUGUAUAAUCCUCAUAAAUGGCUGCAAGAGAUCAUCUUCUGUUUUUAUUUGUUGAGUGAGACAGCCCAGGAACUUUUUCCAUAGAGCUGCUUAAGCACAAAAAGAUGCUAAGAUCACAACGGUUUUGGUUACCUGCGAAAGUUCCAUUUCACAUAUACAAUUUGUGACUGGUAUCCUGCUCAAUUGCGCUAGGCAGGAACUUGUCAAGCCAUAUGCUCUGCUUUGGGUAAGCAGCUUUAUGAAAGAGGCCCCUGAUAUACCUGUACUAACUAAGGUAAUAGAGACCUCCUAGUGCCUUGGUUGGCCUUUGUAACAAUCCCUAGCACUUUAGAUAAGGGGAAUCAAUGUGUGGUGAAGAGGUUUUCAACUAGUGGUUUAAUCCCAACGAGGCCUGGUUCUUGAUAAUUUUAC